UUUGUGUCUCAGUUGCUGUUAGGCUGCCCGCCGAGCGAGGUAGAUUUCUGCUGCAGUGAGUGCAUGUGUCAUCCCAGGCUCAGUGCAAAAACGAACCCAAUUGAAUCAAUCCUCAGCCCAACUAGUAAGUGAAUUAUUUGGAGCAAUUUCAGUCAUCUUGAAAAAUACAUAUUUUGGCACAGUCUGGUUUCGCGCUUUAACGCCAUGUUACUAUAGUCCAGCAAGAAAGCGAAUUCAUUUUGCUCAGGCUUUUCCCAUUCUCUACGUCACUUCCCUCUUUCUGUCAGUGUUAGUUGCUGACUUCCGGUAGCCACCAACGGUUUCCAAGCAAUGGCUUGUGGUACUGCAUUAGUUUAUGAUGAAGAAAUGAUGAGCUAUAAGCUGUUAUGGGAUGACCCAGAAUGUUCUAUUGAAGUUCCUGAGAGGUUAUCUUCCUCCUAUAAGAGGCUACAGGAUUAUGAUCUAGUGAAGCGAUGCAUCCAGUUACCUGUGAGAGAGGCUACAGAUGAAGAGAUCACUUUGGUACACAGCCAUGACUAUCUACAGGUUGUCAAAAGCACCCAGACUAUGAAUGAAAAGGAGCUUAAAGAAAUCUCACAGAAAUAUACAGCUGUAUUUUACCAUCAGAAUUCUUUUCGCUGUGCCAAGCUGUCACUUGGUGGCACACUACAGCUGGUGGAUGCCAUAUUGACACGAGAAGUCCAAAAUGGAAUGGCGAUUGUAAGGCCCCCUGGACAUCACAGUCAGCGCAAUCAAGGCAAUGGAUUCUGUGUUUUCAAUAAUGUUGCAAUAGCAGCAGAAUAUGCUAAGAAGAAAUACAAAUUAGAGAGAAUAUUGAUUGUUGAUUGGGAUGUUCACCAUGGGCAAGGAAUUCAGUACAUCUUUGAGGAGGACCCAAGUGUUCUAUAUUUUUCAUGGCAUCGUUAUGAGCACAAAACAUUUUGGCCAUACCUCAGAGAGUCUGACUAUGAUGUGAUCGGCAGAGGGAAAGGCACAGGCUUUAACAUAAAUCUGCCAUGGAACAAGGUUGGCAUGGGGAAUGCUGAUUACAUUGCUGCUUUUUUCCAUGUUCUCCUUCCUUUGGCCUUUGAGUUUAAUCCAGAGCUGGUUCUUGUUUCUGCUGGAUAUGACUCGGCAAUUGGAGAUCCAGAAGGCAGGAUGUGUGCAACUCCUGAGUGCUUCUCACAUCUUACAAAUAUGCUUAUGAACCUUGCUGGAGGCAAACUUUGUGCAGUUCUGGAGGGUGGAUACAAUCUCCGGUCAUUAGCAGAAUCCGUCUGCAUGACUGUAAGAACAUUACUUGGGGACCCUUUACCCAGACUGACUGGAGAAAUGACACCAUGCCACAGUGCUUUGGAGUCCAUACAAAAUGUAAGAGCUGCACAUACUCCAUAUUGGAAGUGUUUGUUAUAUAAUGAAAUAAAAUCAGCACAUGACCCAAGUUCUGAAGGAGACUCUCAACACUCCAGUGACCAGCAACAAAACUUUGAUACAGCAAUGUUUGAUAUUUUUUUGGAUUCCCAUAUGAAGAAAAUUGAAUUUGCUGUACCUCCUUUAAGAACAUGUGCUGUGCUUCCUGAGGGCUGCUGUCUUGCUUUGCCUGAUGGAGUGCUAGUGGAAGAGAAAACCGCUACUAGGGAACAUAUUAUUGCUUGUAGCAGCUCUUUGCCUAAUGAACUAUUGGAAAAAGAAACAAUGUUAGCUACUUUGGGAAAGAUGCUUGUUAUUCUCAAUAAACUUUUAGAGUAUCAGACAAUGAAUUCCAUUGUAUUAUCACCUGAUUCUUCUGUCUGUGCUACUUUUGCCAUCAAGCAUGUAUUAGCUUCUCCAGUAAAAAGGUUGCUUUGUAUCAAUAUUGGAGAUUUGGGAAUUCUUCAUGAAUUUGAUAAUGAUGGGGAAUAUGUUUGUCUGAAUAUCUGUGGAACUUACCCUACAGGCAUGAGUAACAGACAAAUCUAUCUGAAGUGGACUGAAAGUCCUAAUGAAUACAGCAGCUUCUUCUAUAUUAUAUUCUGCUGUAUACUUCCACUGGCCUACAACUACCAGCCUGACUUUAUUAUAAUCACUACAGGAAGUAAUAGAACUAUUGGGGAUAAGGACAUUUCUCUUCUCAUUAGUCUGUUGCAGGGCCUGGCUAAUGGCAGAAUUCUUACUAUCAUUCCGGAAACCGAACCAAAGCUGGGUCAAAAGCUGGUCAAAUGCUUGUCAGACUCUCCUGGAGAAAAGCACUUUGGGCCACAUAGAGCACCAUCACUAGAAAAUAUUCAGAACCUGAAAGAAAAACUUGAUAUUAUUGAAAAGGAAUGGAAAAUGCUUCAGUGUAGUGGAGCUGUUAACGACCCACAGGAACUGAGGACAAAAAGGCUGAAGAAUAGGAACAUGAUUGUGAUGGAGCAGGCAAAGGCACAAGGACAGACUGUAGUGGGACAGAGGGGGCGAAGAAUAUAAAUAAGGAUAGGCUCAAGACUGGAGAGCAGAGCAGAUAGAACUGGAUACAAGGAGAAGACGUGACAGGGCAGGAAGCAAGGAACAGGAGAGCGCUGGAGCGCAGUUGUAUAAGCUGUACUGAUGCUGUACAUUCCUAACUGAGCUUUAUACAUGCACCUGACUGGUGUUUCUGGGCUGAGGAUUGUCAUUUCUGCCCAUGCCUUUGCUUCUUAUUUAAUUAGAUUAGAUUUCCUGAACAAAGUGCCCCAUAUGAACAGUGUAAAGAGUGGCCCAUGAGGGAUUUGCCUGAACGGACAGAUUGCCAGUCUGAGCCUGAUUCUAAGCAAUUUUUCAAUACUAACUUAUAUUAUAGAAUGUCCAAUUUUUUGUAUUGAUUUUUUGUUUCUGUUCGAUAGAGCUUUGUAAAACAUUGUUCAAUUUCUAGCAACUCUGCAAUUGGUCUUCACUGACCUCGGGAACAGGCAAAAACUUGCUCCAAUGAGUGAGGCUACAAUUUUAUUGUUAUUGCUUUUUACUACUUAUCUUUAUAUUCAGUGCCUAUUCAUCCCUGUGUCUCAUUUAAGCCAUUGCCUGGUUGCUAAGCUAAAUAAGACCCUAGAAACAAAAUAAGUUAUUCAAGGCUUAUAAAAAAUAGCAAACCAACAAAUUGGAUAAUAAGGACACACCGAAGACUUGUGUAUCAUUGGUGCUGGUAAAGAAUCUUGAACAUAUUUUACAUGAAUCCCAGCUCAAAAGGGCAGUUUUUAUUAACAUAAUUUAUUGCAGUAACCCAAUAUAAGUGUGGCUGAGUACUAAGACCAUGUGGGCUGCUUUUAGCCCCUUGCUUGCUUUGUGGGCUACUUUGAGCCCUUUUUUAUUUUUCUGUGUGUAUAUCACUAUAUCCCAUAAAGUCUGUUCUAGUUCAGUCUUCUGAAUGGCAGCUGCUCCUGUUUGCCAGUUCUACUUCUGAACUAUCCCAAUACAACACUGUCAAUAUAAAAAUCAUAAACUAUUCAACAUAUAUACAAAAGUACAGGUAUGGGAUCCAUUAUCCGGAAACCUGUUAUCCAGAAAACUCUGAAUUACAGAAAGACUAUAUCCCAUAGACUCCAUUAUAAGUAAAUAAUUAAAAUUUUUAAAAAAGAUUUCCUUUUUCUUCGUAAUAAUAAAAACAGUACCUUGUACUCGAGCCAAAUUAAUAAAUAAUGAAUUUUUAUUGGCGGCAAAACAAUCCUAUUGACUUUAUUUAAUGUUGUUUUUUAGUAGACUUAAGUUAUAGAGAUCCAAAUUACGGAAUGACCCCAUAUCCAGAAAACCCCCAGAUUCUGAGCUUUCUGGAAAUUGUGGAUACCCAUGGCUGUGGGAUCAGUAAACUCUAUUUAUGCCACUGCAACAUCCACUUUAGAAGAGCUACAGAGUUCAGUGUGAGACUGAUGAAACUUACAUCAAUCAGCCGUAUUAAGAGCUUUGCAUAAAUCUGGCCUGUAUGGGAGAAAGAGCAGUUACUGUAAAAGAACCAUUUGAAAGAAUACCACAACUUCGACAAAAAUCAUGAGUGCCUCAAAUGUCAUGUGGUAAAAAGGUCAGAUAAAACUGCAAAAAUAGAGGGGUUUUUUUCUUCACAGUUCAAAGCUAUGGGCAGAAUGAAAAUCAAGCAUUGCCUCCAGUUCAAGAACACCAUCCCUGCAGUUAUGUAUCUUAAGGCUGGUAGCAUCAUGCUGUAGGAAUGAUUUUCAUCAAAGGAUCUGUGCAACAACAUAGUUAGUGCUAAAUACAAGAGAACUUGUUUCAGUCAGCAUAAAAAAGUUCAUAUUUUAGCAGAACAGUAACCCCAAACAGAAGCAUUAGAACUAUAGAUUCAAUGUUCACAAUGACCCAGAUCUGCCCUCAGUCCUGUUCAGUUGAAAAUUGAGAUAUAUAUGACUAACCUAAAAUGUUCCUGAAAGUAUUAUUAUUAACAUGUAUUUAUAUAGCGUCAACAUAUUGUGUAGCACUGUAUGUAUGGGCCAGUAUCAUUUCCAAACAGUGUUCAAUGCUUAUACAUAGUUCUUUUGGGGAAGUGUAACAUUUUAGUUGCAAACCAAUAAGGAAGAGAACUGCCAUUUUAAUCAUAGUACAAUCCUGCCUCAGAAUAGAAGAUCAUACUUUUUGUAAAUAAUUCUAAAUUAAAAAAUGUAAAUGCUUGACAUUGUUUUAUGUCCUUGUGUGUUACUCUAUCUGGAUUUAAUUGCCUACAGUAUUAGAGCUCCAUUAUUGUUAAUCAAAAUGACUAUUUUUUGUACAGCUAAAGCAGCAGGGACCAUACCAGGCAGCACACAUCAAUGUGAGACUAGAGACUAAUUGGAGGAUUACGGGCACCAUGGGAGAGUCUCAGGAGGACACAUAUCAAAGCAGUAGAGCUGUUGCAAUGCUUUGAAUAGAGCAAAAUGUUACUGUUCAAAGGCACAUUUUAUAAAUGUAUAAACUUAUCAAAUGUGGUGCGACACAAUAAACAAAAGGAUUUCUAAGUAA